AUGUCAAGAUCGUUUUCCCGCCGCCUGAACCAGGAAGCAAGAGAACCUGGCCCUUAUGCUCUGUAUGGACUCGAAGUUCUCUCAGACCAUCUUCGCGCUCACAUGGGCAAUUCAAAAAGUCAAGAUGCGAGUAAGCUCAAGUCAGCACAAAUUACAUUGAAUCAAUUCCAAAAAAGAUGCAUAUGGAGCUGGCGAAAGCGAGUGACUCUCCGAACUCAGUCCGGUGAAGUUGGGUGCCUGUACUUACCGUUCUUUACGGGACUCGAGGCUAGUGGACCCCAAUCGAUUGGCCCUUUUGGUAGACCCGAUCUCAGGAAGGAAGAAAGGAAGGAUCAGUCGAUUUCUCGUGACGAUUCAAACAAAAGAAAGAUUAGCGCACGGGGGCAAAAAUCGGAGGCUGAAAGUGACACAUCCGUUCUUGAUCAACCGGCACCUAUUGACACAGGGGGGAAACAAAAACAUAUCUCAAGGCUGCUGAGGUACCCCUACUAG